AAUUUCUUCCGUGAUUGAACAUUAUUUCUCCUGACACCUCCCCCCUCUCCCCUUGUCCCCAAACGAUAUCUAUACUUUGAAUUCGCUCGCGUUUCCAUUGAAUUCGCCGAUCUCGACCUAGACUUCCCCCCCCGGGCGCAUAUCGAAUUUCUGACGAACUGCCGCCUUUCCGGCACCAGCAACCCCGGCCUACCUUAUAGUCGCCCUGUGCCACCAGUACCACUUGGGCAUGCAGGCUUAUCCAUCAUUGGACUGAAUUAGGAAAGGGGGAAAACAAAAAAAAAAUAAAAUAAAAUACAAUAAAAUAAAAUAAGAAAAUAAAAGUUAUAAAAAAGCACAACUAUCAAAAAGGAGAGCAGUUUGGGGGGAAAACUUUUGAGACACAACUCGUUCUCUCACACGCAAUGUGGAUUUCCACAUCCCGAUGGCUGCCUUGCCUCUACGGGCUCGUGUUCGCCGUGGGUGCGUUAGCCGCCUCUGAUACCGACCCCGAUUUCAAAAGUGUCCGGACAAAGUUUGUCAAGGACUAUAGCGGCACAGGUCCAAGUGAACCCGCGACAGAGAAAUACUUUCACGAGUCUAGUUUCCACUAUCACUAUGAUGGAAGGUUCGCCGAUGAAGAGCUUUCGGAGGAAGAGACGCUGCCACACCUGUCACAACUCAUUCGAACAUACCUGUCAACCAUGGCCGAUCUGGGUGCUGAAACAUGGAUAAUGCACGGAACUCUUCUGGCGUGGUGGUGGAACCAAAAGAUCUUUCCAUGGGACAAUGAUAUCGACGUCCAGAUUUCGGAGCCGACCAUCCAUUUUCUUGAUGAAUAUUACAAUAUGACCGAGCACCAUUUCGACAUUCCAGGCGUCGAGGGCGGGCGGACCUAUUUACUCGAGAUCAACCCGAACUACGUUUUCCGUUCCAUCGAAGACAAAAAGAACGUGAUUGAUGCACGGUGGAUUGAUACCUCAUCGGGACUGUUCAUCGAUAUUACCGCAGUGCGUCCGGAUGAUGCUAAGAGAAAGAACGGCGACACCGGAGCUUUAAUGUGCAAAGACAAACAUCAUUUCGAUGAAAAUGAUAUAUUUCCGCUCCGGAAUAGUCGCUUUGAAGAUUUCCCAGUUAAGAUUCCUUUCGAAUACGUCAAGCUCCUUGAGGAGGAAUACGGACCCAAGGCCUUAACUGCCACGGAUUUCCAAGAUCAUCAUUUCAAUGAGGAAACUCUAGUUUGGGACCCAGUUUCGAAACGAAAGCGGUCGCUGCGACGAGGAGGUGCCGUCGCUUUUCCCGUUCGAACGACGCCUCUCAAAUAUAAGAUGACAUGAUUUCGCCAACGUUUAAAAGAAAAAAAAAAAAGACCUAACUUUAUAUUCGCCCAAUAAGCCAUAUACCUUCAACUCGAUCUACCUUGCGAUUAUGACGACGUGAACCAGCAUUGGAUUCGGCAAGAAUCCUUCCUUUCAUACUUUCGGCGUUUCUGCUAUUCGGGGUUGCGCAUUCUUCAGGCAUGGGUUGCACUUGGCGUUCGGUUUCUUAUAGCACAUAUUUGGCUAUAUUCGCUUCUUAUUGAAGACUCCUGCGAAUGCGCUUCAUGGAGGUGGACAUCUUGGGACUUGGUACACAUGGAGCCUCAUUUUGUGGGUUUGUAUCGAUAUGGUUGGUUGAUAGAUGUACAUGAUAUGUGUGUGUGUGUGUGUGUGUGUGUGUGUGUGUGUGUGUGUGUGUGUGUGUGUGUGU